CGUGCUCAAACAGAAACGCACACCGCGAGCAGACUCACAGCUGUACGGGCGGCACGAGACUCUUCCUCCUCCUCAGCAUCAGCACCCGCAUCCUCCUCUUCCUCGGUGGAUGGAGGGAUGCUAACCGGAGAGCUUCAUCAUCAUCAUCACCAUCAUUAUCACCGGAGAGGGAGAGAGGAGCAGCUCUCCUUGCAUGGGCUAAAAAGUUGAGGAGGAUCCGGUCUCUUAUACCGGAGCACCGGAGGGGCCCGUGCAUGCCCACCCGGGAGAAUCCAUAAUCCGGUUCAUUUCUACUUUGGACUCCACGGAGACGGAUCCGGUGGUUUCUGAAGGGGGAUUUUAUUGUGGAGCCUAUUAAACGGAUCACUGACGGUGCUUUCAAGGAUCUCUCUCUGCACCGAAACUGCUUUAACGUAUCUCUCUAACCGGUACCGAAACAUCUCUUUUACCGGAUCCCCGGUGUUUUAAAUUGAUCACUUUGUGUUUGAUCUGUGACGUUUUACCGGAUUCCCGGUGGUUAAACGGAUCAAUAACGGAUUUUUCUGAGCAAACUCCAUAUAAUAACGGAUUUUGAGGUGUUUAACGGAUUUGGCAUCCCCGGACAGUCCCGGUAACGGCAACCCCCCCCCGGUAAUAAGAUAGAAAACGCAGGUAUUACGCAGGUGAUCAGCGUGCAAUUUCGCAGCAGAAAAUACCGGAUUCAACGGGGGAAAGUGUCGGUUCUUCUGGAGCAAGUCUCCCUGCACACACCGGGACCGACUCCCGGUAGAAACCGACCCGAAGUUACCGGAGAGCACCGGUGGAGUUGAUCUUUUGGAUCCUUUUUACGCACCGGAUAACGUUCAUCAUUCAUUGAUUGUUGGGGAUUUUUGAUUGCCGUUUUCUGCUCCCUCCGACUGGUAUCGAUCCAUCUAUCAAUCCAUCGGGUUAUCAAUCAUAUAGAAUCCAUUUCUCCUCCAUCAGCUGAGCUGUGCAGCACGGAUCGGUGGAGAACCGGAGGAGUGAAUAAAGCCACAUGCUGACCGUAAAUUAUCCACUUAACCUCCUCAAGAGAGCAGACAGAGUGAGAGUGAGAGACGUUUUACCUUCAUAAAACAUAUUUCUGCAGAAAAAUCAACAAAAAAAAGCUCAUUUUAACUUGAAAUCAAGUCAAAUAGAGAGAGAUUGAUGUAAAUUAACCUAAAAAAAUCACCUUUAAUAAUAUUCUUACAAAACCAUUUGGAAAAUUCUUUAUUAUAGGACAAUACAUGUAAAAAAAUUAGAAUAAUGUGGUGACUUUUCGGCUCUUUUUGAGCUGAUAUUUAAUCAGUCAUCACAAAUUUCUUGACAAAAAAUACAAAGAAAUAUAUAACACAAAAUUUGACUCCAAAACUGUAAUCAUAAUAAUCGUUAUUACCUUAAUAAAACAUAUUUCUGCAGAUAAAUCAACAAAAAAAGCUAAUUUUAACUUGAAAUCAAGUCAAACAGAGAGAGUUUGAACUCUUUAGCUGGUUAAUUUUGAUGUAAAUUAACCUUUAAUAAUAUUCUUACAGAACCAUAUGGAAAAAUCUUCAUUAUAUGACAAUAAAUGUCAAAAAAUUAGAAAAAUGUGGUGACUUUUAACUUCUCUCCAACAAAAGGAGCCGAUAUUUAACCAGUCGUGACAAAUUUCUUGACAAAUAUACAAAGAAAUAUAACAAAACAUUUGACUCCAAAAUUUGUAAUCAUAAUAAUCAUACUCAUAGUGCAUCCGUGGCUCCUAAUACUGACCUUAAUGUUCUGUAAAGCACUUUCAUCUCCCACUGUUUCAUAAUAAUAAUCCCAUAAUAGUACGAUAGGGGUUUAUUUAUGCUUUAUUGCAGUUCUGGAAGAGCUUUAACUCAGAAGAAAUUAACUUUAUAACAAUCUGGAGACGAUAACCUGCUGAUUUUAAAUCUCCCCUUUGGUUCGGGAGCUCAGUCUUUGUCGAUCCAUGUGACGUUUCUGAAGCUCAGAAUGAGGAUUUAAAUCAUCUAAAAGUGAUUUUUAAUGUAUAAUCUGUCACUUCAGGUUGUUUGCCAGAGUAUAACAAGGCUUUAUUCCCAGUGUAACACUUCUAUCUGUGGUGGUUUCGCUUACCCAGCUGAUUUCCAGUGAAAGCCUAUGGAUGAUACGCUCACUGUAUAGCCACAUCCUCAACAGCAUACCUCCUCCUCCUCCUCCUCCUCCUCCUCUUCCUCUAGAACUUGAAAUCGAGCCAUGCAGCAUUGAUUUUUUUCCCCCCUCACCGCAAAACCAAAACGCACACGACCAUCUCAUCCUUUCUGUUUUGUCAGUUUUGUUGCCUGAAAUGUAAAACGUGCCGCGGUGUUGGUUUCCCACCUCCCAGCUGAAGGACGUUCAGAGCGGUCCGGCAGCGGAGCGGCGAGGUCAGGGGUCAGGUUUUCAGAAGUAGCAGCACAGAGUGGAGGUUUGACAGACGAUCAAACCACCAUUUUUCACGUUGAAUCAUCUGUAAACAAGCUGGAAUCAGACCUGAGCAUAAAUGAGUGUUUCUCCGUACCAGAACUCCUUUCUGAGGACAUUUCUUCACCGUUAGAGUGACACUUUUAUCUAAAUGGGACUAAACGACAGCAGUCCGGGAGCCAUGCGGAAUGGCCGCGGCCUCUCGGACCAGUGGGCCGAGUCGGUGGUGGUCCGGCCUCGAACCACCGAGCGCCACAUCACGGUGCACAAACGGCUGGUGCUGGGCUUCGCCCUGUCCAUCCUCACCCUCAUCAUCGUCACGGCGGUGGCCGUGGUGCUCAGCGUCCGCUUCGAGGAGUGCGGCGGACAGAAUCACGACGGGGCGACUGGGGAGUCGGGCUCGCGGGGCACCGGAGGGUCAGCGAGGUUGAACGGGAGCAGAGGGGAGAGGACGGGAGAGAGGGGGGACGACGAGGCGGUCCAGCCGUGGAGGAACUCGAGGCUGCCGGGAUCGUUGAGGCCGCGGCACUACGACCUGCGGCUCGCCGUCUACAUGGACAACUUCACCUUCUCCGGGGAGGUCAGCAUCGAGCUGGAGUGCAUCAACGCCACCCGGUUCAUCGUGCUGCACGCCGACCGCCUUGAGGUGGACCGGGUGUCUGUCAUGGCAGAGGGCGGCGCCGGUGGCCGUCCCGCCAACAGGCCCGGCGGCGGAGCCAUGCGCGUCCACCGCCACUUCCCCUACCCGGCCAACCAGAUGUACGUCGUCGUUCUGCACCGCGAGAUGAAGCCGAUGAGAGUUUACCGGCUCAACGUGAGCUUCGACGCCGCCAUCGAGGACGAGCUGCUGGGCUUCUUCAGGAGCUCCUACACCCUGCAGAGAGAGAAACGGUACCUGGCGGUGACCCAGUUCAGUCCGAUCCACGCCCGGAAGGCCUUCCCCUGCUUCGAUGAGCCCAUCUACAAGGCCACGUUCUCCCUCACCCUCCGCCACGACUCGCAGUACACCUCGCUGUCCAACAUGCCCGUGGAGAGCAGCUCGCUGUCGGACGAGGACGGCUGGCUGACCAACCGCUUCGCCCGCACGCCCCGCAUGUCCACGUACUACCUGGCCUGGGCCGUCUGCAACUUCACCUACAGAGAGACGACAAGCGACGGCGGCGUGACGAUCCGUCUGUACGCCCGGCCAGAUGCCAUCUCCAGCGGAGCCGGCGACUACGCUCUGCACAUCACCAAGAGGCUUCUGGGAUUUUACCAGGACUACUUUAAAGUCCAGUACUCACUGCCCAAGUUAGAUUUGUUGGCAGUGCCCAAACAUCCCUACGCCGCCAUGGAGAACUGGGGGCUCAGCGUCUUCGUGGAGCAGAAGAUCCUGUUGGACGCCGAGGUGUCGUCGUCGUCCUAUCAGAUGGAGCUGACCAUGGUGGUCGUCCACGAGAUCUGUCACCAGUGGUUUGGUGAUCUGGUGACUCCGGUCUGGUGGGAGGACGUCUGGUUAAAAGAAGGCUUUGCUCAUUUCUUCGAGUACGUCGGCACCGACUUCCUCUUCCCAAAGUGGAACAUGGAGAAGCAACGCUUCCUGACUGAUGUCCUCCAUGAGGUGAUGCUACUGGAUGGGCUAAGUACCUCCCAUCCGAUCCAGGAAGUGGAGCAGGCGACGGACAUCGACCGAGUCUUUGACUGGAUUGCCUACAAAAAAGGGGCGGCGUUGAUCCGGAUGCUGGCGAACGUGAUGGGACAGACGCUGUUCCAGAAAGGCCUCAAUGAUUAUCUGCUGAGUCACAUGUACAGCAACGCAGCCAGAGACGACCUGUGGAGCAAACUGACUCAGGCCAUGCGCUCAGAGGGGCGGGACAUCGACAUUGGACAGAUGAUGGACAGGUGGACUCUGCAAAUGGGCUACCCCGUUGUGACCAUCAGCAAGAACCAAUCAGAGCAGCUCCCCACUCAUUACAUCACCGUCAGCCAGGAGCACUUCCUGUACGGGCAGGACGUUCGGAGCAACAACAGUUUACAGUGGCAGGUUCCACUGACGGUCGCUGUGGGAAAUACAUCCAGUGUUUGUGCAGAGACCCUCAUCUGGAUCAACAACAAGACAGAAACCCACAGGAUUGGUCAGAUGGACGACAACACCUGGUUGCUAGGCAACAUCAACCAGACGGGCUACUUCCGUGUGAACUAUGACCUCCAGAACUGGAAACUGCUGAUUCAACAGCUCCACAACAACCCUGAAAUCAUCUCCGUUGGAAACAGGGCAGGACUUAUUGAUGAUGCCUUCAACCUGGCCAGAGACAUCGUUUACUGCACCGUCAGCCUGAUGGACGAGGACGUGUGGGAGUUCAUCUGGAUGAAGUUUCACUCAAUCAACGCCGUUUCAGAGAAGAAGAUCCUGCUGGAGGCUUUGACCUGCUCAGACAACACCUUCCUGUCUCCCAGGUUACUGAACCUGUCUCUGACCUCUGACCUGGUCCCAGAGCAGGACGUGAUCGACGUCAUCAUCCAUGUUGGCAGGAAACCCGCAGUCGACCUCGCCUGGAAGUAUUUCAGAGAAAAGUGGACAUCCUCAACGCCCGUUAUGGCGAAGCGUUUGUUCAUGAAUUCGAAGCUCAUCGGUGGAGUCACAGAGUUCCUGAACACUGAGAAAGAACUCAAUGAGUUAAAGGAGUUCAUCCAGUCCAGCGGCGUGGGGGCGGGGCCUGCUAUGCCGCGGGCGCUGGAGAUCGUCGAGGGCAACGUGCGCUGGCACCGCCUCCACCGGCGGCAGUUCUUCCAGUGGCUGCGCAAACCUACGAGCUCCGUCCUCGGGCUAACGCUACGCCGGCUAGCUAGAGCGAAGCAACUGCAAACUGACUGCUAACUUAAUGUUAACGCACUGCUAGCUUACAGAUGCAGUCUGAUAGAAUGAAAAAAAAAAUGACUGAAUGAAGAGGGAGACUGACUUGACUGGUUAUUCAGCUGGUUUCUCUGCUUUUAAAGAGAUUUGGUUUGCAAACUUUUUUUAUUUCAGAUGGAUUAUUUGUUCAUUCCAAGUUGCUAGCUAGCUAGCAGUCACUGAUUCAGUAAUUGCUAGCCAGCAACUAGCCUUAAAACUCCCUAAUGACUAAAUCGAUCCAAGACUGACGAUGGGCACAGAGCGAAGAUCUGCUGUCAGAUGAACAACAAGCCGUCAACAACAAGAAGUUCUGAAUUUAAAUCGAAACAACUUAAACUUUAACAUUACACGCAUUUCAGUGGUUGUACAACAAAAUAUAAACCCUGUGAAAUGCCCACACACAAAGUACUUUAUCUGCAAAACAUUUCGUUGCCAAUACAUCAGACCGGCAAUACGUCAUCGAGAGUAGGCUCUCAUGGCCACGCCCCCUUUUGGGGGAAACCAAUUUAAUCUACUGUCGUCUCCAACUAAAUCUCAUCCUAUAGAUCAAAC